CCAGCUUAAGCCUCGAUCCGAUCUUGAUUCAAUACACUAUAUCCUUCAUCAGAUCACAACAGAAGCUUCUGCAAACCCAUGGUCAAAACAAGAACAGGCUGAGAAUCAAACAUGAAGGAAUUGAACCCAUCAUUUGUUGCCUGCCUUCUUAUGCUUUUACCGCAUCUAUCUCACUCUGAUUUUGCUGUAAUCCAACUCACUUGUGGACACAAACUGGAACAUAAUACCACCACUUUUGUCCCAAACUUAGUUGGUAUGUUUGCUGGCAUUUCUAAGCAAAUAACAAAUCAAGGGUGGGGAGUUGCUAUACAUGGCAUAGGAUCGGGUGCUGUCGUCUAUGGAUUAGCGCAAUGCUAUGGAUAUCUUUCUGUACAUGAUUGUGACUUGUGUUAUGCUGAAGCUCGCUCUGUACUACCUGUGUGCUAUCCUUUCAAUGGGGGAAGGCUUUAUCUCGACGGUUGUUUCAUGCGAGUCGAAAAUCACACCUUCUUUAAAGAGGCAUUAGGACCAGAGGACAGGCAUGUUUGUGGGAACAUCACUAGAAAUGAUUCUGUGUUUGGAGAGACAGUUAGGAGGGCAGUGUUGCGAGCGGCUUCAAAUGCGUCUAAAAAUACUGGAUAUGCAAAGGUUGAGUUGCCUGUUUCUGGGAAGAACAAUGAGACUGUUUAUGUUGUUGCUAAUUGUUGGAAAACUUUGAAUAAUAAUAAUUGCAGAGAAUGUUUGGGGAAUGCAUCUAGGUCCAUGCUGCAAUGCUUGCCUUUGUCUGAGGGUCGUGGUUUGUACACUGGAUGCUUCAUCAGGUACUCGGACACCAACUUUCUUGGUCCUAUUAUCUCUAAUGGUGGCUUAAAUAGGACCAAUGGAGACUUAAAUAGGACUAAUGGAGGCUUAUCGAGAGGGAGAUUAGUAAUGAUUGUAGUUGCAGUUGUAUGUUUUGUGAUAAUUUGGACUGUAAUUGGUGUUUAUAUCAAGCGCAAAAGAAUAGAGAAGAGAAAAGCUCCAAAUGAUGCCCAAAAAUUAGCCAAGAUUCUUUGUAAUAGCAGCUUAAACUUCAAGUAUUCCAUACUUGAGAAAGCCACCGGGUCUUUUGAUGAAACCAACAAGCUCGGGCAAGGUGGAUUUGGUUCAGUUUACAAGGGUGUUCUACCAGAUGGUAGAGAGGUUGCAGUCAAAAAACUGUUGUUCUACAGCACAAAACGAGCAGAAGACUUCUACAACGAAGUCAACAUUAUUAGCAGUAUCGAGCACAAAAAUCUUGUCAAGUUGUUGGGGUGCAGCUUCUCUGGUCCCGAAAGCCUUCUUGUAUAUGAGUUGCUUCCAAAUAAGAGUCUUGAUCACUUCAUUUUUGAUCCUGAAAAGGGUAAAAUGCUAAACUGGAAUAUGAGAUUCAACAUCAUCACAGGAAUUGCAGAAGGCUUGAUCUACCUCCACGGAAACUCAAGGAAACGCAUUAUUCACAGGGAUAUAAAAGCCAGUAAUAUCUUAUUAGACUCGAGGCUCCAUGCCAAGAUAGCUGAUUUUGGAUUAGCUAGAUCUUUUCAAGCGGACAAGAGCCAUAUAAGCACUGCAAUUGCCGGAACAUUGUUAGUAUUACCUAUUGCUAUCAACUAUCAACCAAAUUCUCAAAUGACCUUUGAGUGUCUAUGUAGUGGCUGA